GCCCCACACCUGGAAGCAGCUUCUCCGCUCCUUCUCCUUCUCCAGUCUCGGCCUGCUCGCCUGCACUCCAGCCUCCACCAUGUCCAUCAGGGUGACCCAGAAGUCCUACAAGUUGUCCAGCUCUGGCCCCCGGGCCUUCAGCAGCCGCUCGGCUUACUCGAGCGGGCCCAGCUCCCGCAUCAGCCCCUCCGCCUUCUCCCGGGUGGGCAGCAGCGGCAGCUUCCGAGCUGGCCUGGGCCCCACCAUGAGCGUGACGGGGGGCUACGGGGGAGCCGGGGGCAUGGGGGCCAUCACAACCGUCACGGUCAACCAGAGCCUGCUGAACCCCUUGAAGCUGGAGGUGGACCCCAACAUCCAGGCUGUGCGCACCCAGGAGAAGGAGCAGAUCAAGACCCUCAACAACAAGUUCGCCUCCUUCAUCGACAAGGUGCGAACCCUGGAACAGCAGAACAAGAUUCUGGAGACCAAAUGGAGCCUCCUGCAGCAGCAGAAGACAGCUCGGAGCAACAUGGACAACAUGUUCGAGAGUUAUAUCAACAACCUCCGGCGGCAGCUGGAGACACUGGGCCAGGAGAAGAUGAAGCUGGAGGUGGAGCUCGGCAACAUGCAGGGGCUGGUGGAGGACUUCAAGAACAAGUAUGAAGAUGAGAUUAACAAGCGCACAGAGAUGGAGAAUGAAUUUGUCCUCAUCAAGAAGGAUGUGGAUGAGGCAUACAUGAACAAGGUGGAGCUGGAGUCUCGCCUGGAAGGACUGACAGACGAGAUCAACUUCUUCAGGCAGCUGUAUGAAGUGGAGAUCCAAGAGCUGCAGUCCCAGAUCUCGGACACGUCCGUGGUUCUGUCCAUGGACAACAACCGCUCCCUGGACCUGGACGGCAUCAUCGCUGAUGUCAAGGCCCAGUACGAGGAGAUGACCAACCGCAACCGGGCUGAGGCUGAGUCCAUGUACCAGAUCAAGUAUGAGGAGCUGCAGACUUUGGCUGGGAAGCACGGGGAUGACCUCCGUCGCACGAAGACGGAGAUUUCUGACAUGAACCGGAACAUCAGCCGGCUCCAGGCAGAGAUCGAGAACCUCAAAGGCCAGCGGGCUUCCCUGGAGGCCGCCAUUGCUGAUGCUGAGCAGCGCGGGGAGCUGGCCAUCAAGGACGCCAACUCCAAGCUGGCGGAACUGGAGGCCGCCCUGCAGCGGGCCAAGCAGGACAUGGCGCGGCAGCUGCGCGAGUACCAGGAGCUCAUGAACGUGAAGCUGGCCCUGGACAUCGAGAUCGCCACCUACAGGAAGCUGCUGGAGGGCGAGGAGAGCAGGCUGGAAUCUGGGAUGCAGAAUAUGAGCAUCCACACCAAGACCACUAGCGGCUACUCCGGUGGGCUGAGCUCGGCCUACGGGGGCCUCACCAGUCCCGGCCUCACCUACGGCCUGAAUGCCAGUUUCGGCUCUGGAGGGGGCUCCGGUUCCUUCAACCGCACCAGCUCCACCAAAGCUGUGGUCGUGAAGAAGAUUGAGACCCGAGAUGGGAAGCUUGUGUCUGAGUCUUCCGACGUCCUGUCCAAGUGAAUGGCCGCCGCUGUCCCUCUCAGCCUCCCUGUUCCGGCGGCCACCUGAGAGCCGGCGGUGGAGGAAGAAGCUUUGCAGGGGCCUUAGCUGAGUCCCCGCAGGGAGAGUGUCCUGCUGGGGCAGCUCCCCUUCCUGUGCCCACCACCCAAAGCCCAUUCAAGUGCCUUGUCCACAAUAAAGUCUCAGCUGGUUCUGUCCAGUCA